AUCCCGCCGUCGCCGCCGGGGGCGCGCAGGCGCGGCACCCCUGUUUGCUGGCCCCCCGAGGAGGAGGAGGCACGGCCGAGGCCGAGCCGGAGCUGACCCGGCUUGACUCGGGCCCAGAACUAGGCUCCAGGCCUGCGAGAACCAAAGGACUCCAGAGUGAAUGGAGAAGGCCGGGUUCUGAGAGCGCCGUUGGCCCGGCCGGCCCGGCGCGCGGUCUACGGGGCAGGCAGGCGAGGUCGCCCAGAGCCUUCCCGCAGGUCCUGGGCGAGGGGCCUAGGCUCCGGCCCGGCGGCAAGACCCGGUUCGGCCCCUCAGGACCACAGCUUGAUCCGACCGUAAGCAGGUCCUUCGCCCGGGACACAGCCUAGUGACCAGGCCAGGCCCGGGCCUCCCGUCGGGGCCGAACGAGGGCGAGGCCCCGGGGAGGCCCUCCAGCCCCACCUUCCUUGAGGCCGACGCCAGCCAGGAAGAUGCAGCGCACCCUGCCUGGCGCUCGCCAGCAUCUGGGGGCCGUCCUGGCCAGCGCCAGCGUGGUGGUGAAGGCGCUCUGCGCCGCGGUCCUGCUGCUCUACCUGCUCUCCUUCGCCGUGGACACACGCUGCCUGGCGGUCACCCCGGGCUACCUGUUUCCACCCAACUUCUGGAUUUGGACGCUGGCCACGCACGGGCUGAUGGAGCAGCACGUGUGGGACGUGGCCAUCAGUCUGGCCACGGUGGUGGUGGCCGGGCGCUUGCUGGAGCCGCUCUGGGGAGCCUUGGAGCUGCUCAUCUUCUUCUUGGUGGUGAAUGUGUCCGUGGGGCUGCUGGGGGCCUUCGCCUACCUCCUCACCUACAUGGCUUCCUUCAACCUGGUCUACCUGUUCACCGUCCGCAUCCAUGGCGCCUUGGGCUUCCUGGGAGGUGUCCUGGUGGCCCUCAAACAGACCAUGGGGGACUGUGUGGUCCUGCGAGUGCCCCAAGUGCGUGUCAGCGUGGUGCCCAUGCUUCUGCUGGCACUGCUGCUGCUGCUGCGGCUGGCAACACUGCUCCAGAGCCCAGCCCUGGCCUCCUACGGCUUCGGCUUGCUCUCCAGCUGGGUGUAUCUUCGUUUCUACCAGCGUCAUAGCCGGGGCCGAGGGGACAUGGCCGACCAUUUUGCGUUCGCCACCUUCUUCCCUGAGGUCCUGCAGCCCGUGGUGGGGCUGCUGGCCAACGUGGUGCACGGGCUCCUGGUGAAGGUGAGGAUCUGCCAGAAGACGGUGAAGCGCUACGACGUGGGCGCCCCGUCCUCCAUCACCAUCAGCCUCCCAGGCACAGACCCUCAGGACGCCGAGCGGAGAAGGCAACUGGCACUGAAGGCCCUCAACGAGCGACUAAAGAGAGUGGAGGAUCAGUCUGUGUGGCCCAGCAUGGAUGAUGAGGAUGAGGAGGUGGGGGCCAAGGUGGACAGCCCCCUGCCUUCCGACAAAACCCCAGCACCCCCAGGGAAGGGGGCUGCCCCAGAAUCUAGUCUCAUCACCUUCGAGGCAGCACCACCGCCGCUCUAAUUCCAGACCGCCUGGGCAUGUCACCUCCCCCAGUGGGAUCUGCGAUGUCCUCAGCGACCCCAGGGCACCACCGCGACUGUGCUCAGUUGAGGGAAGAAGCCUGCUGGAGUUCUGUAGCCUCCAGCUGUUUCUCGCCAACACUACCCAGGACUCCCGCUACCUGGUCCUAACCGCAGACAACCACUAUGCCAGACCCGGGCCCCACUGCGGCAAGACUGUGCACCUCAGCAGGCAACCCCACGAGAGUGGCUACAGGGACACUGGUGCCAUGGCCCUCAUGUCUGCAGCUGCCUGCUCAGAGCCACAAGCUUGGGCAGGGACUUGCCAAAUGUGUUGUAGGGCUCUGCCGGCUCAGGAGACAGUGCCUAUGGCAGGCUGCACGUCCCUGCCCACUCCCAGACAGGCGAUGCUCAUGUCAGAGUUUCCCACUGUCCUCUGCCGUGGCUGCAGCUGCUUCUGAGCUGGAACAGCCACGGCCCACAGGGAUUUUCUACAGGACCGUUGAGUGGGCAGCCAGGCCCUGCCUCGCAGUAUCAAUAAAGCAGUUCUUUGA